CUUGUAUUUUGUUAGCAUUUGUGGAAUCAAUUUUCCACGCCACCUCUGUUUUUAGAUCAUAAUAUGUAACUUUGAUUGGGUACCCCUGGAUUUUGAUAAAAAUAAUCAUUUAAACUGAUAGCGUUUUCCAGACUAGUUACAAAAUUGUAAUAAAAUUUAUAAGAUAUCCGUAAGGAUUAAAGGACGAAAUUACACGUAAUUAGUCAAGUAGUUAAAAUAUUUAAAAGAAACAUGAAUUUUAAUUUGUUGAAAUGUUGUUGCAACAACAUCGUUCGGACGUUGUCUCGGUCACAAUAUUCAAGUGCUAUAAACUUGAAGAACUUACAUCCGAAUAGUUCAUUGAAAAUAACCACACCAAAACCUGAUCAAGUAUGUAUUUACAUAUUUGAAGGCAUUGGAGAGCAUCUUACUACUAAAUUGUUUUCAUUAGAUACCCACCACCAAUAAAUCUUUUUCUGGGUAUAUACCAGUUGAAGAACUGGACAUUGUAUACAGCACAUCUAGUGGUGCGGGCGGUCAAAAUAUUAAUAGAGUGAACACUAAAGUCGACUUAAGGUUCAAAGUGAAAUCAGCCAAUUGGAUCAACGAUGAAGUUAAACAAAAAUUAAUUAAUGUUGUGAGUAGAACAAUACAUAUUAAACUAAGUGUUCUUAUUGUUUUUAAGAUUUAUGCAAAAGAUCAGUGUUGCUUAUAAUUAAUUGUUUGUAGAGUAAAAAUAAACUAACCAAAGAUGGAUAUUUAGUGAUUCGUUCAGAAAAGACGCGAUCACAACAAUUGAAUCUGGCAGAUGCUAUGGAACGUUUGCGUAAACUUAUCUGGAAAACCAUUGAACCAGAACCAAAGCCAUCUGAAGAAAAUAUUGAAAAGAUGAGACGCCGGUAAAAUUUAAAUUUAUAUUAAUUUUUUCCAAAUGUUAUUCAAUUUUUUUUUUUAUAGAAUUGAAAAAGCAAAUUGUAUGAGAUUAGUAGAAAAGAAAAUGAAAUCAUUGACCAAAAGCAAUCGUCAACCACCAACAGUGUUCUAAAAUUAUUUAGUCUAUACUUAGUGUAUAUUGUAAAAAUAUAAAUUUGCCGAUUCACUUCAUUGUUAUUUACUAAUUUUGAGUGCAUUUUAUAAAAAUAAGUGCUACUUGCUAUUCUUAAAAACAUGACCUUUUAACUUAUUCAUUCUCAAACUAGAAGAUUUAGGAACAUACAAAAAAUUAGUACUUAAAUAAAAUGUAAUUCAAUUUGCAUAAUCAUAAGAUUAAUUUCAUCUGGGUUGAUUAUUAUAUUCACAAUAUCAUCUAUAAA